UUUAGAAUGUUCUCAUUAAAAUCUGUUGCCAAUUGGAUGGAAACCAGGCUAAUGAUGAUGAUCUUUUAUACACAGAAAAUCCUACAAACUCAUUAACUGAUGGUCUCCUCAACUUCUCUAUACCCUUUCUGAUGCAUUUGUCAUUUCAAACCAUACUUCCUACAUAUUGAAAUGCUGUCAAAAGUACUGUCAGACUGAUUUGCAAUAUACUAAACAUUAGCCGUUGAUUAUAUCACUUUUUCUUCCAUAGUGAGGUCGCAGCUUUGCUCCCUUCUUCACUUCCUGUUAGAACUCUACUGACUAACUAUUCUAAUUUCUCCACAGUGCUUCACCCACUUAAUGCUCACGUCCGGUCUCUGUGACCUUCUAGGCCUCAAAGACCCUUUUAUCAACCUCUCUGCCACUUCUGCAUUCUCUCUUUCUCUCACGUUCUCUCUCUCAUUUUCUCUUUCCUCAUUUUCUCUCUUGUUCUCUCACCAUAACUUGCAACUGUAAGAGAAUUAACUCUUCCCUUCGCUCUCUCUUUCUCUCCGCUUCCACGCUUGCCUUGCCUCCCAUCUUGGUCCAGGACUUUAUGGAAAGGGGACAUUGUUACCAAGGCGAUAGUGACUCUGAGCUUCCCCCCCACGCUUUGGCAAGUUUCACUCUCUGUCCAUCACUCCCUCCAUCCCUCUCUCCUGCCCCUUCGGCCUCCUCUGUUCCUUAUCUACUGCUGCCCCUUUCCCCUUGUCUAUUUCUCUGUCGCUUUCACUCUCUCUUCUCCCCCCUCUCUCUCUCCAUUCCUUCUCUUCCACCUACAACCUUCGUUUCAUUCUCCUUCUGCCUCCCCCUCUCUUUGGCUGUGUAGCUGUAGCUCGGACAGUGAGAAAAGGUUCUGCUUAGAACCAGAUGUUCUAGAUCUCUGAGCUGGUUCUAUGGUUCUAUGUUCUAGGCUCUCAGAGACGGAACCAUGCAGGUCCAGGUGGAUGAGGUUCCACUGGUUCCGGGAGAGACCAUCAAGGCUCCAAGGAUGUGAUGUACAUCUGUCCCUUCACUGGCUUGGUGACAGGAACCCUCACCAGCACCAACUAUAAACUAUACUUUAUCAGCCUGGAGAGGGAUACUCCGUUCAUCCUGGAUGUGAACCUGGGAGCGAUCAGUCGUCUCGAGACCAUCAGUGUCCAGAGUCAUGGAGAGAACACACAGGGCAUGGAGAUAGUCUGUAAGGACAUGCGUAGUCCCAGGUUUGCCUAUAAGAAGGAGGACGCCAGCCAACCAGAGAUAGUGGAGGUUCUAACAAAACACACCUUCCCCCUAUCAAAUGGCCUGCCCUUGUUUGCAUUCCUGUAUAAGGAGAAGUUUCUUGUGGACGGAUGGAAGGUGUACGAUCCCAUAUCUGAGUACAAGAGACAGGGUCUUCCCAACGAGAGUUGGACCAUCAGUAAGAUGAACAGUAGUUAUGAGGUGUGUGACACCUACCCUGCCCUGCUGGUCAUCCCCACUAGCAUCAAGGACGACGACCUCAAACGAGUUGUGGCCUUCAGGGCCAGGCACCGCAUACCGGUAUUGUCAUGGAUCCACCCGGAGAGCCAGGCCACUAUAGUCCGUAGCAGUCAGCCUUUAGUGGGACCCUCUGACCGGCGCUGCAAGGAGGACGAAAGAUACCUCCAGACCAUCAUGGAUGCUAACGCACAGUCGCACAAACUCACCAUAUUUGACGCCCGACAGAGCAGCGUGGCAGACAACAACAAGGCUAAGGAUGGUGGUUAUGAGAGUGAGAGUUUCUAUCACAACGUAGAACUCAACUUCCUGGAGAUCCCCAACAUCCACGUGAUGAGGGAGUCACUGAGGAAACUGAAGGAAGUGGUCUACCCUAGUACCGAUGAGGCUCACUGGCACUCUGCAGUCGACCAGACACACUGGCUAGAGUACAUGCGGGUCCUCCUUGUGGGUGCAGUGCGUAUAGCUGACAAGCUGGAGUCUGGUAAAACCUCUGUGGUGGUCCACUGUAGUGAUGGGUGGGACCGGACAGCCCAGCUCACCUCUCUGGCCAUGCUGAUGCUGGACAGCCACUACCGCACCCUCAGGGGCUUCCAGGUGCUGCUGGAGAAGGAGUGGAUCAGCUUCGGACACAAGUUCGCCGCGCGUGUGGGCCAUGGGGAUGAGAACCAUGCCAACUCGGAGAGAUCACCUCUCUUCAUCCAAUUUAUAGACUGUGUCUGGCAGAUGACCCGACAGUUCCCUGCAGCAUUUGAGUUCAAUGAGUUGUUCCUAAUCACCAUUCUGGACCACCUCUACAGCUGUCUCUUUGGUACGUUCCUCUACAACAGCGAACAGGAGAGAGUCGCCAAUGAAGUCCAGACUAAGACAGUCUCUUUAUGGUCCUACAUCAACAGUCAACCAGAGGACUUCACCAACCCGUUCUAUGUGGACUAUGAGCACCACGUCCUGUACCCUCUGGCUAGUGUUAGACACCUGGAGCUGUGGACCGGGUAUUACGUGCGAUGGAACCCCCGUAUGAGGCCGCAGAUGCCAGUGCACCAGAACCUGAAGGAGUUGUUGUUCCUGAAAGCUGAGUUACAGAGGAAGGUUGAAGAGCUACAGAGAGAAGCAUCUUCAUCACACGGCUCUCUUUCCUCUUCAUCAGAACGCACAUCAUCACCGUCACACAGCGGGGGCACGCCCCUACACACCACCGUCUGAAUAAAUACACACACACAACACCGUCUGAUACACACACACACACACACACACACACACAACACCGUCUGAUACACACACAUACCCCUACCAACACGUUUGUCUUUGUGUUCCCCUAGUUUUUCACAUCAAGUGUUUUUAUCAUAGAGAAAAUAAGUACACACUUGUAACAAAGUUUUGUUCUUGGUUGUGUUCAAAUAAGAGAAAAGAUAUAUGGUAAUGUAAUUGUUGAAAGAAAUAUUACAGUAUUGAGAGAAAUGCACCAUAGUAUUUUGUUGAACGUUGAAAGUGUAAAUAUAAAUAGAUGUAACUAAUAUAUUUCUACCGACCAAAAGUAGUAUACUCUUUACGAAUGACAACAAUUUCUAAUUGAAUUCAUAUUUCAUAUUUUUUAUAACUAUCAACAGCACUUCUUAACUGCCACAUUCCAGUAAGCAUGUAUUAAUAAGCAUGUUAUAUCAACUCAAUGGCAGCCUAUUCCCUAUAGGGCCCGUUCAAAAGUAGUGCACUAUGUAGGGAAUAGGGUGCCAUUUGGAGUGUAGUCUGAAUAAGAUCUCUCUCUCUGUACUAACUUAACCUGAUCCAGCUGUGCCAUAACUAUUACUCUGUAAUAUAAUGUGCCCCCUCUUCCUGUCCGUCCGUUUAAUGUGCCCUGACUGGAGGUUUACCUUUGUGUAUGUUGUGUUCCUAUCAACACGUUCCAUUGAAAGUCUCUUGUUUUUUUACUCUGCAUUUUUAGGUAAUUUUUUUCUAUUCAAUGUGCGUUUCAUUUCUAUGCAAUGGUGAUAUCCAUAUGAUCUGUAUUAUAUCUUGUACUCUUGUUAUCUGUGGUAUUCCUUUGUGACUUUUCUUUCAUUGUGCUGAUGCCAAAUCCUCAUUUUAGGUUACCAUUUGCACCAAGAUGCUCUCCUUGCCCUCUGCCGACGUUAAUCAAUGGUAAUGUGGUCUGAGCUCGUAUCCCCAUUGUGGCUUUGAAGACACACUGCAGCAAUACUGCUAUCCUAUGAUACCCAUUUCCUUUUCCUCGAGGAUUAGAUCAAUAUCAUUUAAGCCUAACUAACCUUAAUGUCUUUGACAUGUGUGGUUUCUACUGUAUUAUGGUGGUUAUAACUGUUUCCUGUGUCGUGAUGGUUAUAACCACUGUUUCCUGUGUCAAGUUUAUGUUCUCAUUACUGUGCUGCAACUUCAUUGAACUCUUCCGUGGUAAA